AUGUCCAACGCAAUCAUGGCCGAGGUAGCCAAGGUCAUUAGCGACCUAGCUCCAGUCGACACCAAGGGCAUCAGCUCAGACAUCAAGAGCACUCUGCUGUUCCGCACCGACUGGGAAACGCUGUUGAUGUCAGCGCCCAUUGCCCUCGGCGCCCUCGGAGCCUGUUGUGUUGCAGCAAGCGCCAUCGACCGGAUCGAACUCAGAAAACCGGGCGAUCCGGAAUUUCGGUUCAUGCGCCAUGACGAUGUCUCGACGAACCUCAUGCAGUGCGUCGAUGAAGGCCGUUUGGCCUUUGAUAAUGCCCAUGGAGGCCUCGGUGAGAUUGGUGACCGCGUUAACAUCGUGGACAAGACGGUGAUCCGAAUUAUCAGCACUCUCGUUGAUCCAAGAGGCUCCAAGGAUAACCUCCUCGACUACAUGGAAGAGCUCCGCGCUGCUGCUGAGUACUGUGCCGCCGAGUCGAAGGGUAUCGACGACAAGUUUGACCACUUGCUUGAGCUCAUCAUGGAGCUCAGUCAGGCAUGCCAGAGAAAGCUCGGCCUAACAAAAAGCGAGAUCGCUGACACCAACCUGAGCUUGGAGGCGGAGAAAGUGCGACUUAAGGGCCAAGAGCGAGCCACUGCAGCAGCAGAGGAGCUGUCUAAGAGGAUGGAUCUGGAGCUCACGGUUACUCGCGAAGCGUAUCAGAAAGCCUCCAAUGAGUUUCCAUCUGGAUGGGACGUAGUCGGACAACAGAUUGUGGCCGGCCUUGCGGACUGCGUCACCACUGUGGUCAACACAGCUAUCCCUGUGCUCAUGGAACAGCUCUCGCCAAUGAAGAAGGUCUCUGCCGCGACUAACAUUCUGGGCGACCUGACCAAAGACGCAGUAAAUGCCGCGGGCUCCAUCCAGAACGGACUCAACAAGGCCAACGAUGAGGCCACCGGCGCCGCCCCGGUCCAGUCAGUUGCUCAAUUCGUUGCGGACCCGGCCUUCUCGGCGGCCAGAAAGGACAUGAUUUGGUUCAACAUGCUGAAAGAAGUCGUGCCAGUUGAGGCGGGUGCCGACAUUGAUUGGGACAAGGCGCAGUCCAAGCCGGAGGACGACUCGGGCAAGUCGAAGGGCAAGAACACCAUUUCCAUCAUCGCCGCAGGAUUUGCCAACGCCGUACAAGCAUUCAGCCAGCUUGCGACCGAUAGCGAGGCCAGCGAGAAGUAUGCCACAGCUCUUGAAGAGGUGAACAAAGUCGUUGCUGGUAUCAAACAGGAAGCCAUCGACAACGAGGAAGACGCAACCCACUCCCGCCUGACGGCUGACGAUAUGCUCGUUCGGGAGUGGAAGAAGGCCUUUGCUGAGCAAUACCAGAGUGCCUUGGAGCUGUACAGCGCCGGAACGUCCUUCCCUGGCAACUCACCCAAUGGCUUUCCGGCUCUAAAGUCGACAGCUGCGGCUGGCGAGAAGGACAUGCAGAAGUCGCUCGGCGUCAUGGAGGGAGCAACAAACAGACUUCGUAUGACCCGUGACGCUUACAUCGCGACGCAGAAGAACUACCUCGAGAGCGAGCGAAUCCUCAUCGAGUCGCGUACCAAGAUGGCCGACAUCCAAGCCAAUCUCAGCAAGUUCCAGUCAUCGUCGCUGCAUCUCAAGGCCGUCCUGGAGAUCCUCAAAGAAAGCGUGCGCCUGGUGGCAACGAUGAAGAAGCACAUCGCCAAGCUGUGCUACUUCUUCGACGCCAUGGCACGGCUGAUCAAAGUAAUGGUGGAACAACUGGUGCAACCCUUCAUCAAGAAUCUGGACACGAAUUUGCAGAAGAGCGACAACGGCUUGGUAGGUGCACACAGUUGGGCAGAUAGCCAGAAGCAGGCCGUGUACCAGUCCAUUGUGACGAUCCGUUCGUACUUCUCGGCCUACGGAGAGGUUUCAGCCAUGUGGGUGAAGUUGUCUGGGACGGACAUCAUCCCGGGAAUGGAGUUGCUUGCCGAUGUGUUUGCUACUGCGCUGGAAGAGGGCGGUGCUGCAGCGAAGGCGAGGGAGCUGCAACAAUGGUCGACUAAAGCACAAUCGAACAUUGAAAAGAUCGCAAAGGAGACACAGGCGAAACUGAAGGCCGAUAUGCAGUCCCGGGUUGACCGGUUCGCCAAGGAGACAGCUCGACUGCCCGAGCCGCCAAAGGAAGCCGUCGAGGGCCUGAAGGCGGCAUCCAAGGUUGUGGCGAGCACCGCAAAGAAGAUGUUAGAGGACGUGACAGUUCGGCCUGGGAUUGAAGUUGAGGCAUGGUGA